AAACUCUUUGCCGUCAACAUGGCUAACUUUCAUUUUCUGGCCGUGAUUUUGUCAAUCUAUGCGGUGGCUGUCCUGGCCACGGGAUCUCUGCGGCGGAUUCCCAUCCAGAGAUCUCCAAACUUCAACAGAACCCGGGCAGCAGUCCGGUCGGAAAUGUCGUAUAUCCGGAACAAGUACAACAUGGACGCUGUGGCCAAUGGAUAUCCAAUGGAGCCAUUGUCGAACUACGACAACUACCAGUACUACGGGAACAUAAGUAUCGGCACACCGUCUCAGUUCUUUAAUGUCCAGUUCGACACGGGCUCCUCAAAUUUGUGGGUGCCCAGCUCUCAGUGUAAUGACUUCGCCUGUCUUUUGCAUACCCAGUACAUCAGUAGUCAGUCCAGCACCUACCAGGCCAAUGGAACAUCCUUCAACAUCACUUAUGGAACGGGGAGUGUCUCGGGAUUUAUGUCCCAGGACGUGGUGACAGUGGCCGGACUCUCUUCCGCCAAUCAGAUCUUUGGCGAGGUGACUACGGAGAGGGGCAGUAACUUUCAGAGCGCCAACUUCGAUGGCAUCCUAGGCAUGGCCUUUCCCUCCUUGGCGGCCAACUUGGUGACUCCGUUCUUCCAGAACCUCAUCAAUAACGGCGAGGUCGAACAGCCCGUGUUUUCCUUCUAUUUGCGGGACAACGGCAGCACUAUAAGCUACGGCGGAGAGCUUAUCCUGGGCGGAUCGGAUCCCACCCUCUACAGGGGAGAGCUCACCUAUAUUCCGGUCAGCUAUCCCGCCUACUGGCAGUUCUACACAGACGCGAUCCUCCUGGGCAACACUCUGAUCAGCAUGGGAGAUGUGGCCAUAGCGGACACUGGCACUUCGCUUCUGGUGGCUCCUCAGUCCGAAUACGAUUCGAUUUCCAGUCUUUUUGGUGUUGAUUCCGAGGGACUCUUCGCCUGCGGUACGAUCAACAUGUGGCCCAAGCUGUACUUCAAAAUCAACGGGGUCUUCUUCGAGGUGUCGCCGGAGUACUACAUCAUCCAAGACGACUUCUACUGCUCGCUGGCCAUUCAGAGCUCCAAUCAGGAGUUUUGGAUCCUGGGUGAUGUCUUCCUGGGACGCUACUACACGGAGUUCGAUGUGGGAAACCAAAGAUUGGGCUUUGCUCCAGUGAAUUCUGCCAGUGCUCUAGGCCAGAUGGGUGCAUUGGUCUUGUUUGUUGUCACUGCCUUUCUAACCUCUAAUCUUUUGGAUUUUUGAUUAAAAGGAACAUGUAGUCUUUCCAAAAUGUCAUUUAAAUGAGUGCGAGUCUAAUCAGUUAGUUAAAUAUUGUUUUUUUUUGGUAUAUGUUAUAAAAAUAAAUAAAAUGUUUAAUGUGAAAUGCAAA